AUGGCUCGAGGAAUUGCCAUGGUUUUAAAACCAACUGAUCAAGGCAACCAAGUAACUAUAGUCGAAUUAUCGGAAUUACUAGAACAGACGCUUGAAUUGAUUGGAACGAAAAUUAACGGGAAUCCUUAUGGUUUGGGAUGUAAGACAACUCCAGUUCAUUUUCUCGUUCCACACGCCGGUAAUAGUAGUAUCGUUAAAAGAUCGUUUCGACUACCGUUAAGUUACCCUCUACUCAAAUCGUGGUUUGAAGAUUUCCAUGAAGGAAGGGUGGAAGGUAUUGUUUGGUAUUGCGAAAAUCAACAACUCUACAAGUUAAACAGACAUCAUUUGGGAUUGCCGUGGCCACCCAGAGACACACCGCCGUACCUCGCCACGAAACCAAUUACAUUUAACACGGACGUCUCAAUGUACGGCGAGGAUCAUUUGUUCGACUCUACUUCAAUGUUCUCACUACUAAGUCAAUUUCAUGGAAAACAUUUCGAACAGUUGAAAUAUGUGACUACUCAUUUGGAAAUAAAAAAAUGA